AUGAGGGCCUCACGCAAUAUCUACAAGGAUGAAGUCGACUUUACCGCCCUGGCCUUGCAGUCGCCCGACUUUGCGAAGCACUUGAAAUCCAAUGGGCAGCUGGACUUUAGCGACCCGGACACUGUUCGGCAAUUGACCAAGAGUCUGCUGCAACGAGACUUUCAGCUGGAGGUCCAGGUUCCGGAGAAUAGACUCUGUCCGCCGGUAUACAGGCUCAAUUACAUUCUCUGGCUGCAAGAUCUGCUCGACUCCACGGGGGACGAAUAUCGUGAUAACUAUGACCCCGACCGAGAAGUCAUCGGACUAGACAUUGGGACAGGAUGCUGCAGUAUUUACCCCCUCCUGGGAUGUUCCAUGCGACCUCAUUGGCGCUUCAUUGCAACGGACAUUGACGAUGACAAUAUCAAAACAUCACGAGAGACGGUGUCGGCAAACAAGCUCGAUUCCCGGAUCGAGAUCAUCCAAACAGACCCGAAAGAUGACCUGAUAUCGCUAGACACAAAGCUCAAAGUCGACAGACUCGACUUUACCAUGUGCAAUCCUCCAUUCUACGCCACUCGCGAUGAACUUAUCGCCUCCGCAGAGGCCAAAGAGCGACCUCCCUUCUCAGCCUGCACCGGUGCAGAAGUCGAAAUGGUCACCACCGGCGGAGAAAUCGCCUUCAUCACGCGCAUGAUCGAGGAGAGCCAACACCUUCGCGAACGAGUAAUCUGGUACACCACCAUGCUCGGCAAACUAAGCAGUGUAUCCGUGCUCAUCGAGACGCUUCUCGAACACAAAAACAACAACUACGCAGUGACCGAAUUCAUCCAAGGCAACAAAACCCGACGAUGGGCCAUAGCCUGGUCCUGGACGGACCUCCGUCCGACAGUAACCGUCGCACGCGGCACAUCCGCAAUCCCGAAACACCUCCUCCCCUUCCCAUCCGAAUACAUCUUCACCACACAAAGCGAGUCCCUCGACGAAGUCAGCACCAAAAUCGACACCGAGCUCACCUCCCUACACAUCCAAUGGCUCUGGCGCAAGAAUCUAUCCACGGGUGUAGGAUUCGCAAUGCAGAACGUCUGGUCUCGUCAAGCGCGCCGGAAGAUGCAAAACCCGGACGCAAUGUCCGAUAAAGCUUCGAUAGAUGAGACGAAUGCCGCGCUCGGAUUCAAGGUCCAGUUGAAGAAGGAUCCGAUUGAUGAGAAGGAGGUGAGGGUGAUUAUACGUUGGCUGAAGGGGAGAGACACGGUCUUGUUUGAGAGUUUCUGUGGGAUGUUGAAGAGGAAGGUUGAGGGGAAGUGA